AUGGCGGAACAGCCCGCUGAGGCGGCCCCGGCCCCCGCCGCCCCGCUGCCCAACGCCGCCCCGCCGCCCGCCGCCGCCCCGACACCCCCCUCCGCCCUGCCGCUGCACACCGCGCCGGGCGGCUCCCAGCGGCUCCUCUUCUCUCAUGACCUGGUGUCGGGCCGCUACCGCGGCUCGGUGCGGUUCGGCCUGGUGCGCCUCAUCCACGGCGAGGACUCGGAGUCGGACUCUGAGGAAGGCGGCGGCGGAGGAGGACGAGGGACCGGCGGUGGAGGAGCCGCCAGCUCGGGAGGCUCCGAGUCGGGAGGUCCCGGGGGCGGCGGGACGGAGGAGGGCCGCGCCAGCCCGCUGCGGCGGGGCUACGUGCGGGUGCAGUGGUACCCGGAGGGCAUCAAGCAGCACGUCAAGGAGACCAAGCUGAAGCUUGAAGAUCGCUCUGUGGUCCCUCGAGAUGUGGUCAGACACAUGAGCUCCAGUGACAGCCAAUGUGGAACUGUAAUUGAUGUCAACAUAGAGUGUGCUGUGAAGCUGGUAGGAACCAACUGCAUCCUCUACCCUGUCAACAGCAAAGACCUGCAACAUAUCUGGCCUUUCAUGUAUGGUGACUACAUAGCCUAUGACUGCUGGCUGGGCAAGGUCUAUGAUUUGAAGAACCAGGUCAUCCUCAAGCUUUCCAAUGGAGCCAGGUGUUCUAUGAGCACAGAAGAUGGAGCCAAGCUCUAUGAUGUUUGCCCUCAUGUCAGUGACUCGGGUCUCUUCUUUGAUGAUUCAUAUGGCUUUUAUCCUGGGCAAGUCCUCAUUGGGCCUUCUAAAGUCUUCUCCAGCGUGCAGUGGCUGUCAGGUGUGAAGCCUGUUCUGAGCACAAAGAGCAAGUUCAGAGUGGUGGUGGAAGAGGUACAAGUAGUAGAACUAAAGGUUACUUGGAUCACUAAAAGCUUCUGUCCUGGAGGUACUGACAGUGUGAGCCCUCCUCCCUCCAUAAUUAGCCAGGAGAACCUGUGCAGGGUAAAGCGUCUGGGGUGCUUUGACCAUGCCCAGAGGCAGCUUGGGGAGAGAUGCCUCUAUGUGUUCCCAGACAAAGUGGAACCUGCAAAAAUCACCUGUGAAUGCCCUGAGAGGAACUGUGUCCUGGGGGAAGGGUCAGUUGCCAAAAAGGUGAGGAGGCUGCUGAAGAAGCAGAUAGUGAAGAUCAUGUCGUGCUCCCCGGAGUCUCAGGGUACUGCUGAAGCCCCUGACAAAGAGUCUGCUGCAGCUGCUGAGCCAAAGUCAGAAGAGCUCAAGCCUGGAUCAAAGUGUGAGCUGGAUGAUUCUUCCAACGGUGCACCAAGCCCUGUGGAGAGGAAGGAGGAGCAGCCUGAGGAGGCAGGGAAGGAGAAAGGGGCAGCAGCAGCGCGGCAGCAGCAGCCUCCUCCCUUCCUGCUGAAAGACGAAGGGUCGGCAGACUACCGCCUUCAGUCCAUGGAGCAGGAUGCUGAUGACGAGGCAGCUGAUGACACUGACGACACGAGCUCUGUCACCUCUUCUGCCAGCUCCACUGCCUCAUCCCAGAGUGGCAGCGGCGCCGGCCGCAAGAAGAGCAUCCCUCUCUCCAUCAAAAACCUGAAGCGGAAGCACAAGAAGAAGAAGACCAAGAUAUCACGAGAGUUUAAGCCAGGAGACAGGGUUGCUGUGGAAGUGGUGACCACCAUGACUUCAGCUGAUGUGAUGUGGCAGGAUGGCACCGUGGAGACAAACAUCCGCUCCAACGAGCUGAUCCCAGUGCAUCAUCUCGACAACAAUGAGUUCUGCCCUGGGGACUUUGUGGUGGACAAAAGAGCUCAGAGCUCCCAGGACCCUGGGUUAUAUGGAGUCGUGCAGUCUGGGGACCACAUCGGCCGUACCUGCGUGGUGAAGUGGUUCAAGCUGAAAUCCAGCGGGGAUGAUGUGGAGCUGAUCGGGGAGGAGGAGGAUGUGAGUGUCUAUGACAUUGCUGAUCACCCUGACUUCCGCUUCCGCACCACCGACAUCGUCAUUCGCAUCGGCAACUCGGAUGGAGCCACAGCUAAGGAGGAUGAGCCCUCGGUGGGACAGGUGGCUCGUGUGGAUGUCAGCAGUAAAGUGGAAGUGGUGUGGGCUGAUAACACCAAGACUAUCAUUCUGCCUCAGCACUUAUACAACAUUGAGUCAGAAAUUGAGGAGUCAGACUAUGACUCUGUUGAUGGCAGCACCAGCGGGGCAUCCUCAGAAUGGGAGGAUGAAAGUGACAGCUGGGAGACAGACAAUGGCCUCAUGGAAGAUGACCACCCGAAAAUUGAGGAAUUAGAGCCUGAGGAACCAGCAGCAGAGGAGGUAAAAAAAGUAGAGGAACAAGUCCAGGGAGCUGUGGCUCUGGCAGCUGCAGAUCUUGCUGCAGAGAAAGCUGGCAAGGACGGAGCUCCAAAGAGCUUCCGGGAGCUGAAGGAGGCCAUCAAGAUCUUGGAAAGCCUGAAGAACAUGACUGUGGAGCAGCUGCUGACUGGCUCUCCCACCUCUCCAACUGUGGAGCUGGAGAAGCCCACGCGGGAGAAGAAGUUCUUGGAUGAUAUAAAAAAGCUGCAGGAAAACCUGAAGAAGACCUUGGACAAUGUGGCUAUUGCAGAGGAAGAGAAGAUGGAAGCCAUGGUGGAGACAGAGAAGAAGGAGGAAAAAGCAGAGGUGCAGACACCAGUGAGGUCAGAGUGGCCCAGUGAGACCCCAGUGCUCUGCCAGCAGAGCGGAGGCAAGCCCGGGGUCACAUUCACCAGUGCCAAGGGAGAAGUCUUCUCUGUGCUGGAGUAUGCUCCAGAUACCCAUGCCUUCAAGAAAAUGGAAUUCCAGCCCCCAGAAGCAAAGAAGUUCUUCAGCACUGUGCGGAAGGAGAUGGCUCUCCUGGCCACCUCCCUGCCUGAUGGCAUCAUGGUUAAAACCUUCGAGGACCGAAUGGAUCUCUUCUCAGCACUUAUCAAAGGCCCCACACGCACGCCCUACGAAGAUGGCCUCUUCCUGUUCGACAUCCAGCUGCCCAACAUCUACCCUGCAGUCCCACCGCUCUUCCGCUACCUCUCCCAGUGCAGUGGGAGGCUGAAUCCCAACCUCUACGACAAUGGCAAAGUCUGUGUCAGCCUCCUGGGCACGUGGAUAGGCAAGGGGACAGAAAGAUGGACCAGUAAAUCCAGCCUCCUUCAAGUGCUCAUCUCCAUCCAAGGUCUCAUCCUGGUGAACGAGCCCUACUACAACGAGGCAGGCUUCGACAGCGACCGGGGCCUGCAGGAGGGCUACGAGAACAGCCGCUGCUACAACGAGAUGACCCUGAUCCGGGUGGUGCAGUCCAUGAUGCAGCUGCUGCGCCGGCCGGUGGAGGUCUUCGAGCACGAAAUCCGCGAGCACUUCCGCUGCCAGGGCUGGCGCCUGGUGUCCCGCAUCGAGUCCUGGCUGGAGACCAACGAGCUGGUGGAGCGCAGCCACGAGCGGGCCAGCGGCGCCGAUGCCGCCUCCCUGCUCGCCGCCGGCGGCGCCCUGGCCGAGAGCCCCGGGGACAAUGCGGAGCAGGGGGCGGCCGCCGAGCUGUCCGACUCGGCGCUGGACGGGAAGGAGGAGCUGGACGAGGCGGAGUUCGCCGCCUCCUCCGUGGCUGGAGACCUCCAGCAGUACUCAGACUCGGAGAGCACAGGCCAGGCCAGGGGCACAGAGCUGGCCAGAGACCGAACGGACGAGGGGAGGGCUGCCCAGGACUCUGCCUCGCAGCCGAGCGUGAAACCAAAGAAAAGGAGAAAGAGCUACAGAAGCUUCCUUCCAGAGAAGAGUGGCUACCCCGACAUCGGGUUCCCCCUCUUCCCCUUGUCCAAGGGGUUCAUCAAAAGCAUCCGUGGUGUCUUGCAGCAGUACCGGGCUGCCUUAGCAGGGGCCAACAUCCCGGAGUGGACAGAGGACAAAUAAACGGUCAGGUUAGGGACAGGCAGGUGCAGGGGAGAAGGGAAAGCAGCAGCAAAGGGAAGUGGCAAAUGCUGUUACCAUAAAUGAGCUUCUCCUUCCAGCUUUUCUUCUUCAGCUUGGUUUGUUACAAAGAAGGUGGUAGGCCUGAUGGCUCCUCCCAUGAGAGGUUCCUCCAAGCAUGAGUAACUCCUUGUCCCGAGCCCUUCUUCCUCCCUCCCAUGUACAUGCUCCUCUUGCCAGUUUGACCCUGUGAUGGUAAGAUUUGAGACCUGCACAGAAGCGGUUUUGUAGCCACAUUCCCUCUUCACUUUCAUCUUGGGGCACCUUUCCACACAAGCACUCUUCCCUCCCCAGCACUACAUCCAGCAGCCAGUUCUGGUGGGGCUGAAGCCAGGAGAAACAGUCACUGCAGUAUCUGGAAGCUAAGAUCCUCUCAGCCUCUCGUGUUCCUCUGCAUUGCCAUGGGGUUUAAGAAGUCUGCCCCAGCUUACUGUGUUUAGACACUGGGUUGUGCUUGCACUGAAGCUGUCUACUCCACAUGGAGUUGCUCCAGUCUUAGUUGUUCACUGAUAGCUACAAAGUUCUUCUGAUCAGGGCUCCGUAGGCAGAACCAGAGCACAGCUCUGGUAGUGCUGCAGGGUUUCCAUAAUUCUGCAGCUUCUGGUCAGUCCUCUGGAUGCAGUUCCAGCCAUGCUUACCUCUUUCUUCAGAGUAAGGCAGACCUCCCUCUCCCUGCCACGCAUGCCUGUUGUCUAGGAGUACACAGGGCUGCGGGCUCUGCCCUUGUCACUGAGGUAUCCAUAUCUUUGUUCCCAGCCUUCUUGGCUGUCACACAGCACUGCACCUUCCCCUGGAUCUCAUCCUCACCUGGGCAGGUGGCAUUGAAUGGUCUUGGGGUGUAGGUCUAGUAGCUAGUCUGGGGUGGUGAACCUGGCACGGCUGCUGCUUCUCUGUUGCUGGGCUGUAGAUGGGCAUUUCAGAGCUGCUUGAGCCAGGGCCACCCAAGGGCAAGGCGCUGCCAUGUCCUGGCCAGGUCCUCUUAUAAGCAGCAGCAGCAGUUGGCGAUUCUGUGCUGUUACUCAGCCAGCAACUGGAGCACAUCAGACACUGGAGUGGACUCUUCUUGAGUCCUUCCCUUGCCAGCCUUUUCUUGUGGUGGCCUGGGUCUGCUGUGGCUGGCAGUGCCAUGGGCAUGGCCUGUGCCAUUCCUGAUCUCUGCUGCAGUGGUGACACGGCUGAUGGGGUCAGUCCACGUGUCAGCAGCAAGAGCUGCCCGAGCUGUGAGCACUUUGAAGCAGUGACCAGAGCCUCCUGGUCAAGACACCUUCCUGAAGCCUCUUUCUCUGUGCACUUAUCUCACUUCUGGAGCUGGGAAACCUCACUCCAGCUCUGCUGUGCUCAGGCACUGGAGAAGCACCUGCUUAGCAUCCAUGUGGAGCACAGUCUGUCAGGGAGAGUCCGUUGGUCCUUCCAGCUGGCACAGGGAGUUGGUGGUGCCAAGCUUCCCAGGGAGGAGUUGGACUGAGCAGUCAGCUCUGCCAGAAGUAAGGAUGGAGCCAAAGCUGUCCUUUGCUGUUGCUCAUUGUGGCUGUGUCCUUGCUCCAGCCUGGGUCAGGAUCUGGCCACCUCACUUCAGAAGGAAGAAGAGCAGGUGAAUCUCAGCAGGUUUGCAAGGUAUUUUCUGCUCCUUGAAGCAGCAGGGUCUUCACCCAGGUCCCCCUGCUUGGCUCCUCUCCGUGCCUCCUAUCUCCAGCUGCUCCCAUGCUGUUGCAGAGCUGGAGAGUGACCCUGUGAAGCCCUUUAUGUCACCAUCCACUGCUGGCACUUUGGAAGGGCAGGUCCUGGUGCUCCGGAGGAAGCAGAGCUUAGCUGUGAAGGAAGUCCUGGGCCUGUAGAGCUUUCCCAAGCACUGUUCUGCAGGUGGAUCUGGCCCUGUGCUGGCACUGGGAGCCCUCUCUGCCUGGCAGCAGGAGAUCUGGCAACAUGGCAGAUCCCUGCUUGGGUGCAGGGAGAUACUCUGAGCCCCAGGCAGAUGGAGCUGCCCGUGGGACUCGGGGCCACGUUCCAGCUGUGGCUGGCAUGGAUGAGUGGGUCCCUUUGAGCCAGGAGUGGAGGCGUCUCCAAAAUGCAGAGGGCUGGCUGGGGCAGAGGGGUGAGGCUGCUGCUGCAGGGCAGGGGAAGGGCAUCCUGAGAGACUCCUUCCACAAACUAUUAAGCCUCUUACUCACCAGACAAAACUCUGCUUGGUGACCUACAGAUGCUGACUUGUUCACUGUGCUGGGCUGUCCUCAGCCCCACUGGCCAGGGAGGAAGGGAGAAAAGCCCUUCAGGGCUGAGCUGCAGCUAGAGGAAUGGAGGAGCUCUGAGGCUUCCCUGCUUGGCCCACCCUUGACUCCCUGCGGUUCUCAUCUCACAAGGAAGGCCUUGGCAGGCACUGGUCAUGCUGCUCAAGUCCUCCCCUUGGCCCUAGAAGCCUGUCUUGUUUUCCUCUGGUUCUAAAUCAAGAGCUUUUGCACAGGUUCCUGGGGCUUCCCACCGAGGAGGCUUAGCUUUUGGCCUUCUGGAUAGGGAUGCUGCUCCCCAGCUGCCCCUGGCUGUCCCACACCGAAGCCUGCACAGAGGUUUACAGAGUUUUUUUUGUUGGUGGUGGUUUGUUGUUUUACAUUUUCCCCUAAAGCUUUUGAUAAUGUGAAGCUCCUGGGUUGAUGAGGUUGGUGGUGAGAGCACACUGCAGCUAUGUGAUUUUUCUUUCUUAAUUCUUUUUUUUUUUCCUUUCCCUCCCGUUGUAUCUAUGUAAUAUUUAAGGGUAAUGAAAUCUAAAAGGCUAAAAACCUUAAUAAUAAUUAAAAAAAAAAAAAGAAGAAAACACACAAAAAAAAAAAAAAAGCCAAAGCAUGAUGCAUUUUGUUAGCCUUAAAACUGGCUACACGACUGUGUGAUGUACAAACGAGAGCAGCCUUGUAACUGUUUUAAGUGCUGGGGGUGGGGGGAGGGGUUGGGGGAGGGAGGGAGAAUGAAGCAUUUAAGAGAAAUCAGUUUGUAGCCUGGAUUCUGUACAGUAUUUAAUGAAGAAAAAAAAAACACACAAACACACAACAAAAAAAAAAAAAGACAAAAAAAACCCACAAAACAAACCAAAAAAAGAGAAAAAAAAAAAGCAAAAUAAAAACACACACAAAAGGAAAAAAAAAAAAUAAUCAAGGGCAAAGAAACCACAACCCCCAAGAAACCAAACCUGACUGUCGAGGCCAUGCUUUAGAGGUGUGUUGUUCACGUGCAGAUGUGGAUGCUUGGUUGCUUAACGAUAUCUGUAUAAAGUGCUGUGUGUGACCAUUAAAAGUGUUCUGUUUGGGGUCGUUUGGUUUGUUCUUUUUUUUUUGUUGUUGUUUGUUUGUUCGUUGUUUUUUUUACCUGCAGAAUAUUUGUUUGGGUUUGGUUUUGUUUGUUUGGCUAACCGAGGUGUAAAAAAACAAGAGAGACACAAAAGAGGGAAGAUGACUUGCCAUUAAAUUUUUGCCUCUGUGAGUA